ACGUGUUUAACACAUUUCAUACAUUACAUUGUUACUUUUAUUGUAUUAAAGUUUAUAAAAAUGGGUUCUUUCAAUAUUUUAGAUAAAUUAGGCAGCGGAACAUUUGGAACAGUAUUUUUAUGUGAAAGAAAACACAACAAGGUGAAAAUAGUUCUCAAAGAAAUUAAAGUUGAUAUACACAGCAAUCAGCUUCUCUCAGCAAAAAAUGAAGUGUCCAUUCUGAAAUCCCUAAAUCACCCCAAUAUCGUCCAAUAUUACGAUAGUUACAUCUCUAAUGGAAUAUUUUAUAUAGUUAUGGAGUAUGCAAGUAAAGGAACCCUGCAUGAAUUAUUAAACAAUACAAGACCUAAUUAUUUACCACAGUCAACCAUUAUGUGCAUCUUUUGUCAAAUCUUAAACGCCUUAAAUCAUAUCCACGAGAAGAACAUUAUUCACAGAGAUUUAAAGGCUGAAAAUAUUUUUAUGACUGGAUUAAAAGGGGACGUUGUAAAAAUUGGCGAUUUUGGAAUUUCAAAAACACUUUUCAAUGAUGGGAAAGCACACACGGUAAUAGGGACUACUAAUUAUUUGGCUCCUGAAAUGUGUGACGGUCACCCUUAUGAUAUAAAGUCUGAUGUUUGGGCAUUGGGGUGUUUACUGUAUGAAUUAUGCGCACUAGAAAAAAUGUUUGAUGGAAGCAUUUCAAAUGUGGUAUUAGCUGUUGCUUCUGGACACAGAAAACAAAUAAAUAUUAAUCUCUACGAAGACGGUUUACAAAUUCAAACUAUGAUCGAUGCAAUGUUACAAAGGAAUCCAACUGAUCGUCCUGACACUUUAACAUUAAUGAAAUAUCCGGUAGUAUUCACCACAUAUUACACCAUAGGUACUUAUUUAGGAUGUAUUCAACCAUAACUAUUUUAAUUUUUGUACUACCUUUUUUUUAAUAUAGUCUCACUUAUA